AUGCAUAACCAUUUGCGUGUCCAAUUCCUCUUCCCCUACCCCUUUUACAGCUCUAAUGACGUUAUCCAAAGCUUUGACAAGGAGACCGUUUUAAACCUCUCCGAUAAAGUUUUUAACAUAUUUUUAGACACAAAAACGAAGAACACCGAUAUAACAACAACAUAUGCAGAUAUUUACAAUAAAUCCAAAGUUACCAUAGAUGGAACCUGCGCAUACGUUAAGGAUCUGAUCAGGGGAAGGAAUCUCAAAUAUUUAGGCGAGCAGGAAACCCUGGAAUAUACCAAAUCGAAGGACACGAAUAAUUUUUCCAUAUACGUGUACACAGUUAACGGGCAAGCAGAUAUCAUAGGAGUCAUUUACCAGAAGCACCCGAAAUAUAUAAGCUACAUUAUAACCUGCCAGGAAGCCGACAUUUUUGACAACCCAGAAGAUGCAAAGCAAAAUAGAAAUGUCUUCCACACGAGCCCGAGGAUCCUAUCCCAAUUGAUAGUCAUCUUCUUAAUAUUUUCUUUCCUCUUCAUCGGAUUUUACACUUUAAUGAAUAUUAGCACUCCGAAAAUAUUCGAAGAUAAACAGUUAAUAAUAAAUAAGGAACACUGA